AUGGCGACAGCAACGCAGGUAACGAUUUGUGUUAAAUGCAAGAAAACAAAGAGCAUUGUUACAUGUAAAGGCUGUUCGAAAGAUUUUUGUCUUGAUCACAUCAAUGAACAUUAUAAUGAAUUAAGUGAACAAUUAGGUAAAACUGAAGAUCAAUUUAAUGCAUUCAAAAUUGAAAUCGACGAACAAAAAGUCAAGCCACAAAAACAUGAAUUAAUCAAACAAGUCGAUACAUGGGAACGUGAAUCGAUCGAAAAGAUUCGACAAGUGUCCAAUGAACUUCGUCAUGAGCUCUCAUCGUGUGUCAUCACAUUUGUUACCAAUCUCGAUUCAAAUUUGAAACAACUGACCGAACGACUCAUUCAUUGUCGUAAAGAAAAUGAUUUUGCUGAACCAGACAUUCAAUUUUUCAAUGAAGAACUUAAACGAUUGAAAGACAUUCUCAACAAUUCACCUGAUUUGAAAGUUGAGUACGAUUCAACAUCUUUCAUCAACAAAAUUCGUCUUACAAAGAAAGCACCAUUACUACGCGGUGUAAAUCUGAAUGCAAAUGCAAAAUGGAUACAGAAUGGUAUCACUGUUGCUGGAGGAAAUGGAGAAGGCAACGGAAUAAAUCAAAUCUACCAUCCAAAUGGUUUUUGUGUUGAUGAUGAUCAAACUCUCUACAUUGCUGAAUACGACAAUCAUCGUAUUAUGGAAUGGAAAUGUGGUGCGAAGACUGGUCGAGUUAUGGCUGGUGGAAAUGGAGAAGGAAACCGUCCUGAUCAACUGAACGGUCCGACAGAUGUGAUUAUUGAUAAAGAAAGAGAUAGUCUCAUUAUCUGUGAUUAUGAGAAUAAAAGAGUUGUUCGAUGGCCUCGUCAAAAUGGUAAAAGUGGAGAAACGAUCAUCUCAAAUGUUAGUGGUAUUGGCUUGACAAUGGACGAUAAUGGAUUUCUCUAUGUUGUUGAUAGAGAUAAGCAUGAGGUCAGAAGAUAUCAAACAGGAGACGAUAAAGGAAUAGUCGUUGCAGGUGGCAAUAGGCAAGGGAGUUUUGUCGAUCAAUUGAAUCGUCCGGCAUACGUAUUCGUCGAUCAAGAUCAUUCAGUGUACAUAUCGGAUACGAUGAAUCAUCGUGUGAUGAAGUGGUUGAAAGAUGCAAAACAAGGCAUUGUUGUAGCUGGUGGUCAAGGUCAAGGAAAUAACCUUACACAAUUAUCAAAUCCUCGAGGAAUCGGUGUCGAUCAAUCAGGCACUGUCUACGUGGCUGAUCAGUCAAAUCAUCGAAUAAUGCGUUGGACACAAGGAACCACGCAAGGAAGUGUCGUCGUAGGUGGUCGUGGACAAGGAAACCAAUCAAGUCAACUCUCUUGUCCCAAUGGUUUGUCAUUCGAUCGAAAUGGUAAUAUGUAUGUAGGUGACUAUAACAACAAUCGAGUACAAAAGUUCAUCAUUGAUCAAAGUUGA